AAACCGACAAAGAUUGCGGAGUAUCCUCCGCCAGCUAGUUCUUCCAUAUAAUAUAACCACUUUAUUACAAAUAAAUAAUAACAUUAAUUCUCUUUGGAUUAGACUUAGAUCAAAUCAAAGUGUUCUUCUUGCUUGGUCACAGACUCAUAGUCACUUCCAUGGAGAACACUGGUUUGUGUGUACUAUGCUUUAUACUACUCCUGUUGGGGUGUGUCAUUUCCUCAGAAUGUAAGUAUAUAAGAUACAACACAACAUCAACCAUUGUUCCUGGGAAACUCAACGUUCACUUGGUCCCUCACACUCACGAUGAUGUUGGAUGGUUGAAGACCAUUGACCAGUACUAUGUUGGUUCCAACAACUCAAUUCAGGGGGCGUGCGUUCAAAACGUGCUCGAUUCCCUGGUAACCGCAUUGCUGGCAGACAAGAAUCGCAAGUUCAUAUAUGUUGAACAGGCAUUUUUCCAGCGAUGGUGGAGGGAGCAAAGUGAUGAUAUCCAGAAUAUAGUCAAGGAGCUGGUCAACUCUGGUCAAUUGGAGUUCAUAAAUGGUGGUUUUUGUAUGCAUGAUGAGGCUGCUACUCAUUACAUUGACAUGAUUGAUCAGACAACUCUUGGACAUCAAUUUAUUAAAGAAGAAUUUGGAGUGACUCCGAGAAUAGGGUGGCAGAUUGACCCAUUUGGACAUUCUGCAGUGCAGGCCUACUUGUUGGGGGCAGAGGUUGGAUUUGACUCUCUAUUCUUUGCACGGAUUGAUUACCAAGACAGAGCCAAGAGAAAAGAUGAAAAAACUCUUGAAGUUGUGUGGCGGGGCUCCAAGAGCUUUGGUUCAUCAUCACAGAUAUUUUCUGGUGCAUUCCCUGAGAAUUAUGAACCUCCCAGUAGUUUCUACUAUGAAGUAAAUGAUGAUUCUCCCAUUGUUCAGGAUGAUGUCAGUUUAUUUGAUUACAAUGUCCCUGAAAGAGUAAAUGAGUUUGUGGCAGCAGCAAUAUCACAGGCCAAUAUUACGCGCACAAAUCAUAUAAUGUGGACAAUGGGGACAGAUUUCAAGUACCAAUAUGCACAAACUUGGUUCCGACAAUUGGACAAGUUUAUUCACUAUGUUAAUCAAGAUGGUCGUGUUCAUGCCUUAUACUCAACUCCAUCAAUAUAUACUGAUGCAAAACAUGCUGCCAAGGAGGCCUGGCCAAUCAAGACUGAUGACUUCUUUCCGUAUGCAGAUCGUGUAAAUGCCUAUUGGACUGGGUAUUUUACAAGCAGGCCAGCAAUCAAAGGUUAUGUCAGAUUCAUGAGUGGCUACUACUUGGCAGCAAGGCAGUUGGAAUAUUUUAAAGGGAAGAGUCCCUUAUGUCCCAAAACUGACUCUUUGGCUGAAGCCUUGGCUAUUGCUCAACAUCAUGACGCGGUAUCUGGUACAGAAAAGCAGCAUGUUGCUAAUGAUUAUGCUAAACGACUUUCAAUAGGUUACACAGAGGCUGAGAAAGUUGUUGCAUUAUCACUUGCUUGUUUGACAGAGGGAGCAACCAAAACAGGUUGUAAGAACCCACAGACUAAAUUUCAACAGUGUCCACUUCUGAACAUAAGUUACUGUCCUGCAUCAGAAGUUGAUUUCUCAAAUGGGAAAAACUUGGUAGUUGUUGUUUACAACGCUCUAGGAUGGAAAAGAGAGGAUAUCAUAAGGAUUCCUGUUGUCAAUGAAAAUGUUGUUGUUCGGGAUUCCAGUGGGAAAAACAUCCAAUCCCAGCUGGUGCCAAUACUUGACGAUUUUCGUGGUUUAAGAAACUACCACACUGUCGCAUACUUGGGAGUGUCUCCAACUGCAAAACCCAAAUACUGGCUUGCUUUUGCAGCAACAGUUCCCCCCAUUGGUUUUAGCACUUACUAUGUAUCCUAUGCCAAAAAAGAAGCUACUAUUUCAGAUAGAGAUACAGCUUACCAACCAGGGAAUAAGAGUGAUACAAUUACAGUGGGCCUAAAAAACUUGAACCUAGUUUAUUCUGUGAAGGACGGGAAACUUAUUCAAUAUAUCAACAGCAGAAGCAAGGUCAAUGAAUCUCUAGAGCAGGCAUAUAAAUUUUACGCUGGGUAUGGAAAUGAUGGAACAGAAACUGCUCAGGCUUCUGGAGCAUAUAUUUUCCGCCCUGAUGGUUCACCCUCUCCCAUCAAAUCCAACGGGAAGUCUCCUCUCACAGUUUUUCGGGGACCAAUUGUGCAUGAAGUGCAUCAGAAGAUCAGUCCAUGGAUAUACCAGACUACUAGACUGUACAAGGGGAAAGAACAUGCUGAAGUUGAGUUCAUUGUUGGACCUAUACCCAUUGAUGAUCGAGUUGGCAAAGAAAUUGCAACUGAGAUCAAAACAAAUCUAGCAAGCAACAAAACCUUCUAUACUGAUUCCAAUGGACGUGAUUUCAUUGAACGUGUUCGAGACUAUAGAGAAGACUGGCACUUGGAAGUAAAUCAACCUGUUGCUGGAAAUUACUACCCUAUCAACCUUGGAAUUUACCUGAAAGAUAAAAGCAAAGAGUUCUCUAUAUUGGUAGAUAGAGCCGUGGGGGGCUCCAGCAUCAUAGAUGGACAAUUGGAGCUAAUGGUUCAUAGGAGGUUACUUGAGGAUGAUUCCAGAGGUGUUGCAGAGGCACUGAAUGAAACAGUUUGCAUUCAUGAUAACUGCACUGGGUUAACUGUGCUUGGGAAGUACUAUUUCAGAAUUGAUCCUGUAGGAGAGGGUGCCAGAUGGCGCCGAUCAUUUGCUCAGGAGAUAUACUCACCCUUGCUUUUAGCCUUCACAGAGGGUGAAGGUCACUGGGGAGAUUCUCAUGUCACAACCUUCUCAGCAAUAGAUUCCUCAUACAACUUACCAGAUAAUGUUGCCAUAAUAACCCUCCAGGAUCUGGGUGAUGGAAGAGUUCUCCUACGGUUGGCACACUUAUACGAGAUUGAUGAGGACAAGUAUCUUUCAGUGAAGGCAACUGUAGAACUUAAAAAGGUGUUUCCCAACAAGCAGAUAAACAAAAUAACUGAAGUGAGCUUAUCAGCAAACCAAGAAAGAGCAGAAAUGGAGAGGAAGAGAUUGGUUUGGCAAGUUAAAGGGUCACCUCCAGAACCCAAGGUGUGGAGGGGAGGACCAGUAGAUCCAGAAAAUCUAAUUGUAGAACUUGCUCCAAUGGAAAUAAGGACUUUUAUCAUCAGUUUUAGGCAUUAAAAGUCCACUAGGAGCACUACUGAAAAAUAACUAAAAUAAGAAAUUGCAUCAGAUUAGAUAUUUCCAACAUCAUGUAAGCCAGCAACAAGAAAUAUGUUCAGAGUUCGUUUGGCUAAAGGUGUAUGGACUCAAUCAAGUUCAUUGCCAAUAAAAGUGCAUUGCUUCUCCCCUUUUCUAUUGACAUCUAACCAAAA